GCACAUUUCCUUUGAACAGAUCAUUAAGAGAGUCAUGGAGAAACAGCCUGAAGGCCUCAAAAUAAAGCGUGAGAUAGGGUUGAUUGGUGGAAUAUCAAUCGUUGCGGGGACUAUGAUUGGAUCUGGUAUCUUCAUGUCUCCACAGUUUGUAUUGAGCUACGUGGGAAGUCCUGGAGCCAGUCUAUUGGUAUGGGCCCUGUCUGGAGUUUUGUCUAUGUUUGCAGCGCUUUGCUAUACAGAACUUGGGACAAUCAUCUCUGAAUCUGGAGGAGACUAUAUUUAUGUCCUAAGGAUCUACGGCUCACUUCCUGCUUUUUUUGCAGCACUAAAUUUGAUAGUGCUUUCAAAACCUUUUGGGCUUGCUGCAAUGUCCAUCAGUAUUUCAGAGUAUGCCCUGGUACCAUUUUUCCCAGGCUGUGCCCCUCCUCAAUUUGUGGUCAAAUGUGCAGCCGCUGGGGCCAUUUUGUUGGUUGCCACAGUGAACUGUCUAAAUGUCCGCCUUGCCAUCAGAGUUCAAGUGGUCUUCCUAGUUGCUAAAGUGUUGGGUUUGACUAUAAUUGUAGUCGGAGGAAUAGUGGCAAUUUCACAGGACAGCAGGAUCAUUAUGGAUAAUCUAAAUGUUGAAACGUCCUUUGUUGGUACUGGGACUUCGCUGAGCACUUUUGGAAUGGCCUUUUACCAAGGACUCUGGUCUUUUGCUGGAUGGUACAACCUUAACUUUGUCACUGAGGAGUUGAAAAGACCAGAGGUCAACCUUCCCAGAGCUAUUGUUAUCGGAGUUUCCCUGGUGACUGUAUUAUAUCUGCUGGUCAAUGUGAGCUAUCUCUCAGUAAUGACCCCCAAUGAACUUAUCUCAUCCAAUGCUGUGGCAGUUACGUGGGGGAACAAGGUGUUGGGGAGCUGGGGGUGGAUCAUGUCCAUUGCUGCUGCCUUGUCUGCAUUUGGAUCUUUGAAUGGGUCAUUAUUCACAGGUGGCCGAAUUAUGUUUGUGGCUGCCAGAGAAGGACAUUUGCCGGAUAUCCUAUCCAUGGCCCAUGUGCAUAGACUCACUCCUUCUCCAUCCCUCAUCUUCUCCACCACCAUCGCCUUAGUAGUGCUCAUGUCUGGGGAUUUUAAAACUAUUGUGAACUACUCAAGCUUCACGUCCUGGUUCUUUUAUGCCAUCACAGUGUCAGGAGUAAUCUAUCUCAGAAUUAAGAAGCCAGAUCUCCCCAGACCAUAUAAAGUUUUCAUCUUACUACCCGUGCUGGUCAUAGGCGCAUCAAUCUUUCUUGUGUUGGUGCCUAUUCUAGACAAUCCACAAAUAGAAUAUCUGUAUGUGGUUUUAUUCCUCUUAAGUGGAAUUCUCAUCUACAUCCCAUUUAUUCAUUACAAAGUUUGCCCCGGUCUGUCGACUAAACUCACUGUGCUUCUGCAAUUGUUUCUGCAAGUGGCGCCAGCAGAGAAAAAUGUCUAAU